ACCUCCUACUAAACGAGAAAAAACCAAGGAAGAUAUUAAUGAUGAUACAUCUAACAAAUCAAAUAUUCAAGAAGAAGAGAAAAAAUCAGUUUAUGAUUAUCCUAAUGAAGAAAAUAGUGAUAUGGAGAAUGGUCAUAUUUACUUUUUAUUCCGUCCAAAGAUUGAUGUUGAAGAUCCCGAAUCUAUUCAAGAUGUUCAACAUACAUACAUUAUUUUGAAACCUAGUUUUACAAAAGCGACGAAACAUCCAGAGAAACGUCAACCAACAAUGAUCAUUGUCGGUGCCAAAAAAUUACCUUCAGCAAAACGUCAUGAUCGAUAUUGGGGAUUUGUUGCUGCUUCUUCCAAAGAUAUGAAUGGAUUGGUGAAUGAUUUCAAAGAAUCUACUCAUUAUACGAAAACUCGAGGUGAAAGAACAGUUCCUGCUGCUCGUAUUUUGGGCGAAGGAGUAUAUUCUAUUUCAAAACGAGGUCGAAAUUCUUACUUGGCAUACAUACUUAAAACACCUGAUGAACCUACUCAAGUCCAAAAUGCAUUCCAUUUGGAAAAAGAAGCUUCCAUGAUCUUCACUAUCAAGAAUCCAACCAAACCGCCCAAGACCUCUACUUCAGAAACAGCAACACAGACAAGUGACCAAAAACAACCAAAUUUUCCUUCAUGGCUUCAAGAAGAAUUCAAUGAUAAACGAUUUAUUGGUAUGACUGAAACUACUUUAUUUUUGAAUUAUCCUUCUACACAGGUAAUCUUGAUCGGUGCAAGACAUUCUAUUGAUAAGGACGAAUUAGGUGAAGAUACUGUGGAUGCAUUAUCCGAACUUUCAGAGGAAGAAGAUCAAGAUACAGAAACAAAAUCGAAUAAGAGGAUCUUGGAUCAACUACAUCUUCGUACAAAGGAUAUUCCUAUGGAACCACUUGAAGGUGAAUGGUGAUUUCUUUAGCUUUUAGUCUCUUAGUUUAGUAUAGUGAUUUAUUUGAAUAGUUGGAAAUAAAAAUGGUUUAUUUACUAUAUUUUGAUUGACG